AUGGGAACACAUUUAACAGUCGCCUCGGGGUCCAUCACAGGGCCUGCGACUCGCGGGCACCUUUUGCUGGGGGCGGGGGAGGAUGAGGGCCUGGCCACUCUUUCCUUGCUUCCGCUCCUGCCCCAGGGCGGGAGGGGCGGGGGCCGGCGAGGAGCUUCUCAGAGCAUGCGCAAAAGCGGGCCGGAUCUCACGGAGCGGUCGGUCGGCCUCGGUUCGUGGCACGUGGCUCAGCACGUGGCCGAGUGCCUGACCCUGGGCACCCUGGAGCCGCCGGCCUCUGUCGCGGAGGCGGUGUCGUCCCUGACAAUCGCCGACGCGUUCGUCGCGGCCGGCGAGAGCCUAGCCCCGCUGCCCCCGGAGCCCCGUCAGAGGUUCAUCUGCUCCUUCCCCGACUGCAGCGCCAAUUACAACAAGGCCUGGAAACUAGACGCUCACCUGUGCAAGCACACGGGGGAGAGACCGUUUGUUUGUGACCAUGACGGGUGCAGCAAGGCCUUCGUCAGGGACUGGCACCUCAGCCGCCACGCCCUGGUUCACACUGGAGAAAAGCCCUUUGUUUGUGCAGCUAGUGGCUGUGAUCAGAAAUUCAGCACAAAGGCAAACUUGAAGAAACAUUUUGAACGCAAACAUGAAAACCAGCAAAAACAAUAUGUAUGCAGUUUUGAAGGUUGUAAGAAGACCUUUAAGAAGCAUCAGCAGCUGAAAAUCCAUCAGUGCCAGCACACCAACGAACCGCCGUUCAAGUGUACCCACGAAGGAUGUAGAAAACACUUUGCUUCCCCCAGCAGUCUAAAGCGACACGGGAAGGUCCACGAGGGCUAUAUGUGUCAAAAAGAAUGUUCUUUUGUGGCAAAAACAUGGACAGAGCUUCUGAAACAUGUGAGAGAAGCCCAUAAAGAGGACGUAACAUGUGACGUGUGCCAGAAGACGUUUAAGCGCAAGGAUUUCCUGAAGCAGCAUAUGAGAAUUCACGCCCCGGAGAGGGACACGUGUCGGUGCCCCAGGGAAGGCUGCGGCCGCACCUACACCACCGUGUUCAACCUCCAGAGCCACAUCCUGUCGUUCCACGAGGAGUGGCGCCCGUUCGUGUGUGAGCACGCCAGCUGCGGCAAGGCAUUUGCCAUGAAGCAGAGCCUCAGCAGGCAUGCUGUUGUGCAUGACCCUGACAAGAAAAAAAUGAAGCUCAAAGUGAGACCGUCUCAUGAAAAACGGAGUCUGGCCUCUCGGCUCAGUGGGUACCUCCCUCCUAAAAGGACACAGGACCAGGGCGUGUCUUUGCCCAGAAAUGGGGAGACUGAACUGCCUUCUGAACUGCACUAAAGGCAAGGUGCCCUCCGCCGUGGCGACGCUGGCCCCAGCUACACACCAGACUGCUUUGUUUGAAGGACCGCAGACCAGCCAGCUCAGUUAUUUUCUCUCAGAAGCACGUUUUUAUUAAAAUCACUGGUGCAGAGCA